AUGACUCUCAUUGACUUUAGUUUUGUUAUUCAAGAAGGUAAGACAGAAAUUGAGUGUGUAUAUAUUGAAGAAAGAGUUAGAAAAAAGUCACCGCGCAAGAAGGAGAAAGAGUUAGAAGAUAAAGUUGUUGUGUUUUUAAGAAGCAAGCAUGUUAGUUGU